UAAAUAAACAUGUCUAUACCGGAAAUUACUGGUUUUCUUGCGAAUUCCCUUCAUCGAAAUUAUUAAUAAUGACUGGUCGUUCUACGGGAAACUUUAAUAAUUGUGAUAAUAUCAUACAUUUACGUACAUAACAGUAAUCCAAAAAAAAGUGGGAUCGAAUUCGGAGAAUUUUUUAUUAUUUUCCCUUUUGGUAUUCGCGUGUUCUGAGGAUUAGUGCAGAUGCUAAAACAAAUAAAUAUUAAUUUGCUCAAACAUAAAGAGAGCCCGUAAAAAAUCUGAUUGUCUUCGUAAUUUGCGUCAGGUGUGUGUUGGCGAUAAUAAAGGAUGAUAAGGAUUUGGAUUCGAGCAAUCGUGCUCUAGGGGGGAUUCAGGCAUUCCUUACUCUAUAUAUAUAUAAACCAUUAUUCGCACGAAACCCCAUAGCAGUUUUUGAAUUGUCGACGACUGAAAGCACAUUUGGUUUAUGAUUCUUCAUACUGCAAGUGAAACAUGUCGAGUUUAGUGAAGAUUCUGGCUUUAAUUGCAGCCGCAGCUUUUGUGGCUCAAGCAGAAGCAGCUACAGAUAAGAUUGUGUGCUACUUUGGUAGCUGGUCGACUUAUAGGAAUGGCAAUGGCAAAUUUAGUGUUGAGAAUAUCAAUCCGCAUCUUUGCACUCAUUUGAUCUAUACGUUCGUUGGUAUCAACGGAGACGGUAGCAUCAAUAUUUUGGAUAGAUGGAACGAAAUAGAUUUGGGCGCGAUGAGGCGCUUCAACGAUCUGAAGAAGCAAAAUCCGAAGCUGAAGACUUUGAUUGCGAUAGGCGGAUGGAACGAGGGAUCACUCAUCUUCACCAAAGUUGUAUCCAAUGAUCGUCUGAUGGAAAACUUCGCGAAUAGCGCACUUCUGUUCAUGCAGGAACACGGAUUCGAUGGGUUUGACUUGGAUUGGGAGUACCCGGCGAGGAGAGGCGGUGCAGCCACCGAUAAAGUAAACUUCUCGAAAAUGUUGAAGUUAUUUAGGAAGAAAUUCGAUGAAACUGGAAAAAAAUAUUUGUUGACAGCCGCUGUUGCGGGAACAGGAACUGCUGCUGAUCUCUCCUAUGAAGUACCUGCUUUGAAUGAGUAUUUAGAUUUUGUUAAUUUGAUGGCAUACGAUUUCCAUGGAUCAUACGAUGGAGUUACUGGUCAAAAUGCUCCGCUUUAUCCCUCCAAUGUUGAUUUGUCUCUUGAAGCGAAAGAAAGAUGUGUCCAAGCUAGUGUAGAAGCAUGGCUCGCCAGGGGACUUAGUCCUGAGAAACUCGUCUUAGGUAUGGGAGUUUACGGAAGGACGUUCACUUUAUCCAAUCAGGCCAACAAUCGUGUGGGUGCUCCCGUAUCCAACGCCGGGCAUCAAGGACCAUACACGAUGGAAGCAGGAAUGAUGGGAUACAACGAAAUCUGCGAGAAAAUCCUUCAGGGAGGAUGGACUGAGGUUUGGGAUGAGAAACAACAAGUUCCAUACAUGUACAAAGGCGAUCAAUGGGUGGGUUACGACAAUCCGAAAUCUAUCCACAUCAAGGUCGACUAUGCAAAGUCUUUGGGAUUGGGCGGUUUGAUGAUCUGGUCGGUGGAAACUGACGAUUUCAAGGGCAUUUGCGGAUCAAAGAACCCUAUUCAGAAGGAAAUCAACUCCGCUUUGGAUAAAUCAAUCCCUGAAGAACCGGAGGUGCCUUCGACGACUCAAACACCUAAACCAGAACCACAGCCAACACAACCUCCAACCACUGGAACGAAGUGCAGUCAAGAAGGCUACAUGCGAGACCCGACGAAUUGCGCAGUAUUCUACUAUUGCAAGAAGAAUGGAAGCUACUUCAUUCAAUCGGAAUUCAAAUGCGCCGGUAAUCUUGUAUUCGAUUUGGACAAGCUAGUAUGCAAUUACCCUAGUCUAGUUAAUUGUUAAAAUUAUGUAUGUUGUUGUACAAACAGAAGAAUAGAUUUUGCAUUAGGUUAUCACACAAAUUGAAUUUUAUUAACAUAAUCCAUAGCAUCUUUCACUAUCGGAUUUAAUAGUAUUAAAAAAAAUGAAAUCGUUUCAAAUAUUAGAAAGCUUACAACGUUUAUUGAAAUUAUAAACAUACUUAUAUAAAAGUGCUUUAAAUAUGGUUUUAUUUAAAAUAUAUC